ACAACACAACAACAACAACAAUGGUGUAAGCACUUUUCUGCUGCCUGGUCGCGAGCCCGAACACAAUUUCGAUCGCGGAUGUUGAAGCAGCAACACUGAAACGGUGCGCGCAAUACAGUGAACGUGCGGAGCACUGUGUUCCGCUUUCCCUCCCACCCCUCCCGGAACGUGAGGACACCUUGUGGGACAGCCGUGUUUUGGGGGAACCGUGUCGGGAACGGUGUGCCACAGCACCACGCACGAUGCAACACCAGUCCUUGUUCGCAUAACCUGUGUACGCUCUGCUCCGGUGCUUCGGUGAAUCGCGACAGGUGCCACCAGCCUGCAUUAGUGCUAAAUUAAUAAUGUCCGCGGCGAGUCGGGUGACGCGCGAAAUUGCUUCCAACAAAGCGGCAAAGGGUGUGCGGUGGUUGUGCGGGCGGUGCCGUUCUAGCUUCUAGCAUGCACACCGAGUGCCGUGUGUAUUCCCCGUUCCUGAAUCAAGCGCAUCAAAAAGAAACGGGUGGCGAAGGUGACGAAAUAUAUUACAAAAAAAAAAACCCCGUCACUGUGUGCAGUGUGAGCCGCGAGCGGUCGCUUUCUCCGUCGAUUAUAAACGGGCGACGGAACGGAAGUGAUUAAAAGUUAGUCAUACAGUGCGCCUCCGGUCGAUCGACAACAAUCCCCGUGUGCGCCGGUGUGCGUGUGUGGGUUUGCGUGUGAAAUUAAAAACAAAAGCAGAAUUAAUUGCAGCCAGCCCCGUUGUCCCUAACAACCGUUGUGCAAGGGGCCCCAACUCCCCGCAGAACCUGUGGCCGUGCAGCAUCGGCAAACAAUCGGAAAGGUCAAGGCAAAUCGAAGCACGCGCCGCGUUUUGUGCCGAUUGCAAACAUUCCGCUGCAACAGGGAGGCACAUACACAUAAACAAAGAAAGGACACCCGAGCCCGAGUCCCUCCCGGUCGGCACGAUGGAUUUCGUCAACUUGCUCCUGUUCUGCCUGAUGUCGUGCGUGAUCGGGGCGGUGGUAAUGCUGCUGAUCCAGUACUAUGCCUUCGUGCGAUACUUCCGCCUGCCGGAACUGGACCAGGAGGAGGAAAAUCAGCGCAAAUCGGCCUUCAGCGAACGCUACGUACUGCCCGAUACGCUGCUGGAGAACAUAAAGGCACCGGAUCAGGAAAGCAAAUCCACGAUAAUGGCCAUCAAUCUGAUACUGCAGUUUCUGUACUUUGAGCUGCGGCAGUCGAACCGCGUGCGCAAGUGGUUCCACCGGAAGCUGUCGCUCGAGCUGGACGAGCUGAUAAGCAAGACGACCACGGGCAAGCUGUUUGACAAGCUGACGAUUCGUGAUCUGGAUUUGGGCAGCCAGUUUCCGGAGAUAAAAAACUUUCGCCUGCACGCGGUCGACCUGCACCCGGACGAGGGACACAUCGAAAGCUUGGAUGUGCUGCUGGAUCUGCACUACGAGGGCAACUUUCGGCUCACGAUCGACGCCGACAUGGUGCUGGGGAAGAAGGGUUCGCUGGCGCUGCGGGUGAAGCAGGUGUCCGGGCUGGCCCGGUUGCAGUUCACCCGCAAACCGUACACGCACUGGUCGCUCAGCUUCAUCAACGACCCGAAGGUGGAGCUGGACGUGCAGUCCCACUUCCAGGGCCGGCAGAUGCAGUCCAACAUUACCAGCCUGAUCUCGAACCAGAUACGGAAGGCGAUCCGUCGGAAGCACACGCUUCCCAACUAUAAGCUAAGAUACAAACCAUUCUUCCACCGUGUGGAGGAGGACUACGAACUGAACGAGAUCGUGCCGAACGGUUCGCUCGAGGUGACGAUAGCGGAAAUUUCCCGCCUGAAUGCGCCGAUCCGCACGCUAACGCACGUGUACUGCACGCUGACGCUCGCCCACAUGCCCUGGGUGGUGGCCCGCCAGCAGGACGACCAGGGCGCGAUGAUGAUCGUGUCGCUCGACAUCGAGAUACACAAGGCCAAAAACCAGCAGAUCGGCAUCGUGUUCAAGCAGUCCGACCAGACCGUGCUGAUCGAUGCGGUCAUACCGAACACGCCGGCCUCGAAGGCGGAGCUGCGCCGCGGCGACGUGCUGCUCUCGAUCCAGGGCAAACGGGUGACGAACAUUAGCCAGGUGCCGAAGGUGAUCAAGACGCUGAACAGGCCCAUGUUUGUGCUGCGCAUCGAGCGGCUCGUCCCGGGGCAGAUCAGGAACGAUGCGCUGCUGGACGACUACGAGCCGGAGUUUGAGGAGAUUGAUCCGAAUCUGAACAUUACGUUCGUGAAGAACGUGGAAGCGGUACAGAUCGGUGGCGGUACGGCGGGGCUGCGCGAGCGUAAGCUUGCCCGCCGCAACUCGAAGGACAACAGUGGCGGUGAGUCGAGCCACUCGAACACACCGGGCACGACGCCGGUGAAAAAGUCGUCCACCAUUGUGGUGGGGGGUGCGGAAACGUCGACGCCGCGGGGUAGCUUUUCGGAACCGGCUGCUGCCGGUGGACCGAAGCCGAAAGCGCUGAACGUCGAAUGCUACCCGCAACACUCGUCGAUCGAUGCGGAAUUCAAUUCGUUCAUCCGGCUGGACGACCCGUGCACGUUCCAGCUGAUGGAAAAGUAUUCCUACCUGAACCUGAGCGUGUUCGGCAAGAGCAACGAGGAGCACCGGCUGCUGGGCUAUCUCAACAUCCCGAUCAACAGUAUACUGGUGGAGUGUAACGAAUCGCAUCUGGGGCACCAUCUGAAGAAGUAUCCACUGCUGCCACCGGAAGCGAUCGAUGUCUCCAAUCACCCACUCUCGAUGCAGUCCGGAUUUGAUCAAAACUACUGCUACGGCGAUGUGCUGCUGUCGUUCGUUUGGGACGGCAGUGCGCUGGCCUCCCUGUCGUCGCCCACCGCCGCCACCAGCAAAGCGAUCAGUGCGGAAAACAAGAAGCAGCGGCUCAUUACGAUCAGCCGCGGGUCGGCCGACAAGCUGGACGACGAUCGGACCGAUGGCCUGCUGCUGGAUGCCAAACCGUCCGCCUCGUCCACCUUCACGCAGCUGCCGGCGCAGCAGCAGCAGCAGCAGCACGACUUCAUCCGUACACACUUUCACCGCACCACGCAGUGCGACUACUGUGGCAAGAAAAUUUGGCUAAAGGAUGCAGUCCAGUGCCGCGACUGUGCGAUGUGCUGUCACAAAAAGUGUAUCAACAAGUGUCAAAGCUCGACCGUUUGCACAGCGAACGAGUCGUCCGCGGGAACAACAUCCGACCGUUCGUCCACCACCUCAUCCACAUCGACCGGCAUUAUAAUGGCGGCCGGAGCAGCGGCAUCCAUGGCAUCCACAGCGGCGGCAACCGUUGGCACCAACCAGCAGCCAGAAUUUAAGGUGACCGAGCCCGAGUCGCCCACGAUAGAGGUGGAAGACUUUGUGGACAUUGCUGAAGAGCAGCAGCAGCAGCAACUGCAGCAGCAACAACAGCAGCAACAACAGCAGCAGCAACAGCAACAGCAGCAGCAACAACAGAUUGUGCCGAAAUCAAAGCUCGAAACACAUCGUCAAAGCUUCAGCGAUCUGCUCGUGCAGGGGCUGAAGCGCGUCAACUCGGCCAACAACCUUUCCAUACCGACGAUGGGUGGGCUAAACCCGAGCAGCAAAAGCUUACCCCCCACGCCACAGCACACGCCCCGCAAGCAGUCGCUGGCGAACGUGAGCGCCAACCCGUUCCUGCUGGUGACGCAGCGGCUCGAAAGCCUGCCGGAGGACGUGAACGAGCUGAACAUGGAGCAGAUUGUCGAUCUGACGGCGCCGCUGAUCGAGUACGGCCCGUCCGACACGCUGAUGGCGCUGGCCAAGAGCAGCAGCAAAGCGAUGUACGGCGACUGUGAGCCGGACGUGCGGACGGAGAAGAUUAACAAGCUGCUUUCCAAACUGCACAUAGCGCUGGACUACGAAACCAUCAACCAGUCCGUGCUAAACGCGACCAAGGAGAGUAGUAGUAGUAGUAGUGGUGGUAGUGGCGCAGGUGCUAACAGUAAAGAAAUUGCCGAUGGCAAAGGCAAGACGCCGACCCAGCAGCAGCAGCAGCAGCAGCACGACAGCACCAGAUCGGCCUUCCUGGCGGGCCAGUCGGAGGAGCGGGUGCAGGCGCUCAGCAUCAUCAUGCUGCACCUCUGCUCGGGCCUGCAGUACGUCCAGGGUAAUCUAGGCCAAUGAGAAUAGCAUUUGCUUCGGCAGUACUCGCUGGGCUCGUCAAUGCUAGAACCCACCAUCACCGCUAGCAGCAGUACUACCACCAGCAGGCUGCCGAUGCAACGGCAACGCUCACAGCAGCAGUACGAUGGCCCACCGUCGGACAGCCAGUCCGGCAGCAGCACGGCUGGCAGUAUCGCCGGUAGCGGUGGUGGCGUCGGUGGUAGAAAGAGUCCCUUCCGCUCGCGUCGCCUUUCCGUGUGUCGCAAACGGGCGCUGGGCAUAUUCCAGCGCUCCGCUAGUGUUAGCGCUUCGGCAAACGCUACCCCGUCCGGCUACAAAUCGGAGAGCGCUAACUGAGUCGUUUAAGCUUCGCCCGUCAUCCGUCAACGCAAGUACAGAAAACUGUCUUUGGUUUUUUGGUACACACCGCCCGCUUGUCCAUGCCACAUGCGUCCCAGCACACAUCCAGUCAUUCCUAGAUCAGGUGGCUUUAGAUGGAACUUAUACACCGUGCAUUUUCCUUACGUUACUAUACAGUCAUCUAAUGCUAAUCAAAAUGUGUGUUGUGAACCGAUUCUUUCAACCCUUCUCGAUGUGUAGAAGUAGAUACAAGUGUUUGCCAAUUUCGGCAGGACAUUGCUCUCUCUCUCUCUCUCUCUAGUGCUAACUACAUCAACAUGUUGUCAUUUUAAAACGCUUAACACCAAUACAUGCUGCUUGCCGCUGGCAAGUAAGCUUCAUCUCGUCUCCCAAUUUUACACUAAAAACCAGCAACAACAUACUCGUAUCACUACUAGAAAGGUCAAUCAAUGUAACGCUCCUUUAACCCUGCUCGUAUGUGAGGCUGUGUGGCAAAAACAACCUCCCUCAAGAAACCCACCCCGAAUGCAAUCAAACUCCAGUUUGCACAACCCCCUCGAAUGGAAUUGAACACACGUUGCAACACCUUUUUACAAAAUGUCUUUUUGUGCGUAAUGUGCUCCUUCCCCCUUCACGUAUCUUCCGGAAUACCGAUCAAUCAACCCCCGCGAAACAAUCAAGGCGAAACGCUACUGACACUGGCGACGUGGGAGGCAGAGUUGCUGCAGAAGCUGAAAACGGUGGUCGGCAAAGCGGCAAGCCACGACCGGCCUCCUUUCUGGCGCAGGAAAUUGAAAUUGAAAUGAAAGGCUGUAACCACACACACUCCUGCUUCGAUUAGCGUAUAGGUUUAGUGGGGUUUAGUGGGAGAAGAAGAAGAGUUUAGGGAAAACAGGAGAAAAAGGAAAUUAGAAUUAGUUGUAUUUGUAUAAAUAAUUGAGCUGUUUUCUUCGGUGAUAUAUGUAACUAGGCUUAAAAGGGCAGGGCAAUUUGCGGUGCGCACUCAUUUGCUUGCGUCGCUGCUUGCCAGUGAUUUGCUCCUAUUUAUUUAUUAUCUACUCUAUUUUGCUUUUUGUUUUACAUCGAGCUGUAACAGUGAGCUGUUUGUUAGUGAGUAGUGAGUGUUGAUUGCAUUUAAUUUAAUUACGUUAAGCGAUAUCGAUAACCAGCUGACCACGGUGACAAUUUGGACGUGCAAUUUGGAACUGACAUGCAGUAGCAACGAUACAAAAGCUCUUACCUACCG